AUGUCUGACGAUGAGGCCGAUCCAGAGCUACUAGCUCUGUUGCGUCAAACGCUGGGACUUGGACCUGUAUCAGCUUCAGCUCCUCCCAACACACGGGUGCUGGAAACAGCAGAAUUUGUGUAUGACAAUGCAAUCGAUGUUAGUAUUGUGUCAGGAGCAACGAAGGCUGCUGCUGCGUCAAUAUGGCAGUUGAUGAAAGACAAGGACAUUUCGACCAAUACUUGGUCCGAACAUGAGCUACAUCCCAAGGCAAAGGACGAAAGUACUGUCAACUUUAUUUUCACCAUGGAUCUUCUUAAUUUCAGCUUCUGGUCCACGCUAACCGAGGACAAACGGUUCCAGAUUGACUACAAAGGUCGAAGCUGGACUGGAUAUUGGUCACUUGUCGCAAUUCUUCAGCGGGCUCUUGAGGAAGCUACAGACUCGCAACUUCGAUACGUGUUUCGUUCCUCCACCGAUGAAGAGAUGCCCCUACUUGAUGAUCGUAUUAAUCUACUUCGCGAAAGUGGUGCAAUCCUAGAAGAGGAAUUCGAUGGAUUGCCUAUCAACGUGAUCAAACAGGCUGACCAUUCCGCUGCUCGAUUCGUGAACUUGCUGGUAGAUCACUUCCCAGGCUUUCGAGACGAGCAUGUCUUUCAUGGCAAGACUGUGCGGUUCUACAAACGAGCGCAAAUCAUGGUUGCGGAUUUGUGGGCAGCCUUUAACGGCCAAGAUUUUGGUUCUUUCGACGAUAUUCAGCAUAUCACUAUCUUUCCAGAUUACAGGAUCCCACAGAUUCUGCAGUCUCUGAACGUGCUCUGGUACUCACCGCGUCUCGAAACGAAGAUCAAGAGAGGGGAGGAGAUUCGAUCUGGUGAAAACAUGGAAAUUGAGGUAAGAGGCUGUAGUAUUUGGGCUGUGGAAUUGCUCAGGAGAGAGAUGGUCCGGCAGCACCCUGAGGUGAAAGAGAGAUUUAACGCUGUUCUGAUCGACUUUUUCCUGUACGACUUUUGCAAGCAACAGGAAGAGCAAGCCAAGGCAGAUGGCACAAAGGACGAUAUAUUACCACAUCACAGGACCCGGAGCACAUGUCUCAACCACUGGUCCUCCUCCACUAUUCCUCCGUGGUCGUUUACCUCACCCAGCAUGGCCACAGCCCUCCAAAACGGGCCAGUAACUACAGUCUACGCACAAAACCUCGAAGAGCGCAUAAAAAUCCCCGCCCUAACCGAAGCCCUCACCGAAAUCUUCUCCGAAUACGGCACAAUAAUAGACCUCGUCGCAAAGAGUAACCUAAAAUCCAAGGGACAGGCAUUCAUAGUCUUUGACAAUGCAGACAGCGCCGCCAAAGCGAUUGAGGAAAUCAACGGGUUCGAGCUGUUCGGGAAGCCGAUGAAGUUGGAUUUUGCACGGUCGAGGAGCGAUGCGACAGUGAAGCAGCAGGAAGGGGAUGGGGGUUUGGAGAGGUGGAAGAGGGGGAGGUUAGCGGAGAAGGAGAGGAAGCAGGCGGCCGAGAAGGUUGGUGUGACGGCGUCAGCGGCGGGAGCGAAGAGGCCGCUUGGUGGGCAGCCGACGCAGCCAGCUGCUGCUGUGGACGGAGGACGGCCGGCGAAGACGCAGAAGGGAGCAGGAUUGAAGGGGAGCAGUGCGAAUGCGAGUGCUGUUAUACCUGAUGAGUAUCUGCCGCCGAACAAGAUUCUGUUCUUGAGGGAUAUACCAGACAGCUAUGACGCGGAUGGACUGAGCAGGAUAUUCAGUCGGUUCGAAGGCUUCAAAGAGGUACGACUUGUGCCAGGUCGUAGGGGAAUUGCUUUUGUUGAGUACGAGGCUGAGGUCGGUGCUAUCAGUGCGAAAGAGGCGACUAGUGGGAUGCAACUAGGAGACGAAGGGAAAGGCAUACGGGUCACAUAUCAACGCGCAUAG